AAUUCAUUUCAUCAAGUCAGUUGUUGUUGGGACGUUAACCUUUUUUGUAUUCAAUUAUCAUUAUCAUCAUUAAAAACUAUCAAACUAUCAUGAUUUAAUUGUCGUAAAAAAUUACUUUUAUUUAAUUAUACUGAUGGAGUUACUCAGGACAGACCGACCAGAUGAUCAUGAGGCCAUUAAAUUCGAUGGGCUUACAGUUUGGACUCCUGAGGAGUGGUCGUGGUGGAGACGGAAACAGAUUAAACCUGAAACUAUAAUAUUAAAUAAUGUUUCAGGAUGCAUAAAGGAUGGUGAAUUUGCGGCAGUCAUUGGACCAAGCGGAGCGGGCAAGACGACAUUUCUAGUUGCUUUGGGCGGGAAAUGCACCCUCCCGUCGAAGGGGACAGUGACCGUUAAAGGCCGUAACGUUAAGACGCUACAGGGUGUGGUCGAAAUUCUCCCGCAGUUUGAAGUGUUCGUGAACAGUUUGAGCGUAAUGGAGCAUUUGAUUUUUAUGAUAGAAAUAAAAUUAGGCAGUUGGAAGAAGGCAUCGAACAAAUUUAUUCUAGAUUCAUUGAUCAAGGAACUAAAAUUGUCUGCUCAUAAAGAUACUUCAAUUGAGUCGCUCUCUGGUGGAGAAAGACGACUACUAUCUAUAGCUACAUCGUUACUGUCCAAUCCACAAAUUUUAAUCUGUGACGAGCCUACAACUGGAUUAGAUAGCUAUAAUGCACUUUUAGUCAUUGAUAUACUGAAAAAAUUGUCUGUGGCGGGAAAAAUCGUGAUAUGCUCAGUACACCAACCGUCGAGUGAUUUGUUCAAAGAGUUUAAUUCUAUACUGUUAAUGGCAGAAGGAAGAUUACUAUUUCACGGGUCCCAUGAGGAGUGUAAAGAAGUUUUUGCAAGGAUUAACUUCCAUUGCCCCGAGAAUUACAAUCCAGCGGAAUACUACAUUAAAACGGUAUCUAAUUUAAAUAAUUACCGUUAUGUGGAGAUUAUGGAAUCUUUCCGAGACCGGUCGUGUGAAUACGAUGAUCUGGAGCGUCCGUCUAUCGAAUUGACAAAUAAUAUCACUAAAAGGAAUUGGUUUAGACAAGUUCAUCUAUUGUUAUGGAGGUCAUCGAUAACACUGAAGAGGAGUAUACGAAACCAUAUUUUUCAAUUGUUUAUUACUUUGAUGUUAUCGUCAAUGGUGUUGGGUAUAUGCUUCGGUGGUGUCUCUGGAACUACUCCACGUGGUACUCAGGAUAUGCAAGGAUUGCUCUGGCUAUUAACAAGCGAACUGUCGUUUAUUUUAGCAUACAGUGCCCUGAAUAUCUUCAGUACAGAGCUGACGCUUUUCAAGAGAGAAGUUGGAAUGUAUGAUUGUUCGGCGUACCUUGUGGCUACGUUUUUAUGUUUUUUACCUCGCUGCGUGAUAUGGCCAUUCACACUCGUAAUCGUAGCGACUACAGCAGUGGAGCUCCCAAACCAUGUUCUCACUGCGAUCAAGUUCAUCACAGCUUUAUUUUUCACGGGUUUAUCUUCUGUUGCUUUUGGCCUCGGAAUGGGAGCCAUUUUCCUUACGUCAGGAUUGAUGGACGACGUGAUGUCGGCCGUGGACAUGCCACUGCUGCUGGUGUCAGGGGUAUUCCUUCAGCUGACAUCGUUGCCUGUCUGGUUGUAUCCAGUCAAAUAUCUCUCCCAUUUCUACUACGGAAUGGAUGCAUUGAGCAAUAUAUAUUGGAGACAGGUUGAUCAUAUCGAUUGUCCAUCAAAUUGUACUGAUCCUUGUAUCAAAGAUGGCAUAUCAGUUCUGAUCUACAAGGGUUAUUCUAAUGAUUUCAUUCUACAAGAUACUUUCGGGCUGCUGUUUAUUAUGUCAAUGUGGGGUGUAUUAGCUUAUUUUGGAUUGAAACGAGAAGAAAACAAAGGAUAUGCAUAUUAAAAUAGUUUAUUUAUAAAAAUUGUAAUAAAAAUAUAUUUUACA